UGAGCAUGUUCGUACAUGUUCGCGGGUGUAAUUUUUAAACGUUGUUUUUAUUUAGCAUUGCUUUAUCGUAGUGAACGCGUCGCCGUCGCUCGGAGUCGGAGCCUGAGUUUAAUAAGAAAUAAUAACAAAAGCAGUAAUAAUUUAAAAAUACUUGACCAGUUUAAUGCACUCAUAAAGUAAAUAUUGAAAAAAAUAACGGCAUCAGCAAAUGUGCUACUAAAAGAGAAAUACAACGAACACAGCAUCCUAAGAUUGUGACUGUGUGCAUGAGAGUUUGUUUGUUUGUUUGUUGUUAUUGUGUUUGUAGUUGUUCCUGCGUAUUAGGCAAACAGCAAAGCAUGAAAUGCAAAUAAUCACAGCAAUAACAACAACAAUAACGUGUGUGCCUAAAACAACGAAACGAGACAACGAAAAUUGCGCGCCAAAAAUCCGCAGCAGCAGCUAACACAAAAGGAUUGAAAAGCAGAAAAUAACACGCAAACACACAUACAUGCGCACACAUAAAAAUACCAAUACAAGAGCAGAAAGCAGCAAAACAAGCAAUAACAACAACAGCAGCUGUGUGAGCUGAGCUGAACAAAAUCAAAACAGAAGACAACGCUGACUGCAAAAUUCCAGUUUCAUCUCCAACUCACUCCACUUAAUUUACUCACCAUACCCACAAAAAGGACGCUCAAGUCUCAUUGACUUGAAAUCAUUUGGACUACGUGAUACUAACGAUACCAGAGACGGCAACAUGAUGUCCAUGUCAAGUUCACCGCCCGCUGCGGCAGCUGGAGCAGUCCAAACCGAUGCCGAGGGACUGAUAUUGCCAAAGAAACUGAUAAAUCCCUGCAUUGAGAGCAUCGAUCGCAAGGAGCUGCAUCGAGAGCUCAAGUUCAAUGCGCGCAUUGGCAAGAGUGUGCUCAAUCAAAAGUCGGAGCUGGAACGCGCCUAUGAGAAGCAGAAGGAGCGACAUGCGGCCGCCGAGCAGCAGCAGCAUUCGCCUGAAACGGAUUUGGGUGAACUGGGACGUGUGAUAAUGGAGCGAGCGCAGAAGCAUGAGGCAGCAGCACAGAAGCAGGAUGCGGAUGAUGCCGAUGAGCGUCAAUAUGUUAAUCCCGAAUAUCUGAAUGUGCGCGCCAAGCUGCGCACAGCGCAUGCGCCAAAUUAAUUUAAUCUAUCGAGCAUUGAACAUUGUAAUUUACUCAAUGCUAAACUUAGUUGUGACCUAACCAAAUUUUCUGUAUAAUUAACUAUGUUUUAUAACCGCGCGUCAGCAUACACUUUGAUCUAUCUUAUGUUGUAUAUUAGUUCUUAGUACUAAGCGCAACUUUUGUAUGUACUGCUAGUUUUGUUUGUUGAAUGCGACGACGACGACGACGAUUAUUAUUAUUAUAUGACAUUGAAUUAAUGCAUUAAUUUCUGUUUUGUAUGUACAAAAAUGUAUAAAGUUUUAGUUGAUUUAGAAAGCAUUUCUUCCGAAAAACAAAAAUACCACACGAAUUGGCUGAUUGAGUGUCUAUAUGCAUAUAUAUAUGUUUAGGUUUAGUGCGCGAUAUCGCUGUGUGAGCAAAAGUUGAAGUUGAAGCUAUAAUCUUUAAGCUGAAGUAUGAGAAGAGGUAUUAUAUAUAUAUAU